GAUUGAUUGAAAUCUUGGAGCUAGUUUAUAGUAAGAGUAGUGGAAUUUUGAAUAGUCAAUUAAUCUAUCUUCUAAUCAAUUUCUGUCCGUUUGAUUGUCCGUUAAAUUUGGCCUUUUCCUUUGAGUGACUUGCUGUUUUCCAACUCCAUCAGAGAAAUCCUUUGCCUUAAAUAGUUGUUUACCUGUGAGGAUAUGGAGUUGAGGCUUUUACUUUGAUUAAUUCUCAUGGCUAUACAUAUUGUGGUUUGUGGUAUGAAGGUUAUGCUUAGUUCACACACACUUUUGGAAGUUAUAAUUGAAGAUGGUAAUAGUCCUCAGAAUGUUACUCCAAUGGAAAGCACAAGAGUUGAGAGUCUUGAGUAUGGUGGGUACCCACCAGAAGCCAAUUCUUUAGUCCUAGGGGACUAUGUUGAUCAGGGUAAGCAGAGCAUAGAAACCAUAUGCCUUCUUCUCGUGUACAAAAUCAAAUACAAAGAGAACUUCUUUCUUCUCAGAGGCAAUCAUGAAUGUGCUUCAAUCAGCCGUAUUUAUGGGUUCCAUGAUGAGUGCAAGAGAAGGUUCAAUGUUCGUCUCUGGAGGACAUUUACUGACUGCUUUAAUUGUCUGCCUGUUGCUCCUCUAAUUGAUGAAAAGAUCUUUUGCAUGCAUGGUGGGCUAUCUCCUCAUUUGGACAACUUGGAUCAAAUCCGCCAUAUUGCUCGCCCCGUCGAUAUACCAGAUCAUGGUCUUCUUUGUGAUCUCUUGUGGGCUGAUCCUUAUAAAAAUGUUAAAGACUGGGGAGACAGUGAUAGGGGUCUCUCAUGUACAUUUGGGGCAGACAUGGUUGCCGAGUUUCUUCAGAAACAUGACCUUGAUCUCGUCUGCAGAGCUCAUCAGGUAAUGAAAUUCAGAUUGAGAUUGACCUUCCUAUAGCUGGCUUUGGC